UUUCUGUGUCAUAGAUUGCUUUACAUUAUGUACACUUAUCAAUUCAAUCAGUAGCUACCAUUAUGGAAUCAAGCAGGAGGUUUUAUGCUUUUUGAUCUUUAUGUUCAAUUUUGGCAGUGGCCGUGGAAAGGCUUUUGAUAUGAGAAAUGAUAGAGAAAAAACAAGAGGGCGUGGUGGGGAGAGUGGCUCAGGAAAGGACAAAAUCGACGCUCUUGGUAGGCUCCUGACACGAAUUUUGCGACAUAUGGCAUCUGAAUUGAAUUUGAAAAUGCGAAAUGAUGGUUUUGUGAAAGUUAAUGAUUUGCUAAAGCUGAAUAUGAAGACAUUUGCUAAUAUUCCAUUGAGAUCGCACACUGUUGAUGAUAUUAAGGAGGCUGUUCGAAGAGAUAAUAAGCAACGGUUUAGCCUCAUGGAAGAGAAUGGGGAACUAUUAAUACGUGCAAACCAAGGCCACACUGUAACGACUGUUGAAACUGAAAGCUUAUUGAAACCAAUCCUUUCAGCUGAAGAAGUUCCAGUUUGUGUGCAUGGAACCUACAGAAAGAACUUGGAAUCAAUUCUAGGAUCUGGGCUGAAGCGCAUGAAAAGAUUGCAUGUUCAUUUCUCUUGUGGUUUACCAACAGAUGGAGAAGUAAUUAGUGGUAUGAGGCGAGAUGUCAAUGUUCUUAUCUUUAUUGACGUCAGAAAAGCAUUGGAGGAAGGUAUGAAGCUUUACAUUUCUGACAACAAGGUAAUCUUGACGGAAGGUUUUGAUGGCGUUGUUCCUCCCAAAUUUUUUGAGAAGAUAGAAUCAUGGCCUAGCAGACAACCUAUUCCCUUUUGAAACUCUCUUAUAGAAACCUAGUAAGUUGAGGAUUAUUAGAUAUGAUUGUGUAAAACCUCUUACAAGAAUUAACAUUUGGUUUCUUGUU